AUGAUAGAAAAACCCGAAGAGUUAAAACCGGAGCAAGUCAUACUAAAACCUGUCAGAAAGCUUCCUAUAAACGAAGAAUCAAAGGAAGAAGUCACUUUAAAACCAGUGGAAAAGGAUAAAGCUGAAGACAAACCGGAGGAAAUCCGAUUCAAGCCAGUGAAAAUGAUAGAAAAACCUGAAGAGUUAAAACCGGAGCAAGUCGUACUAAAACCUGUCAGAAAGCUUCCUAAAGACGAAGAAUUAGUGGAAGAUAUCACUUUGAAACCAGUGAAAAGGGAGAAAGUUGAAGAAAAACCAGAGGAAGUCCGAUUCAAGCCGACGAAAAGGAUAGAGAAACCCGUAGAGUCAAAACCGGAACAAGUCGUACUAAAACCUGUCAGAAAGCUUCCUAAAGAUGAAGAAUCAAAGGAAGAAGUCACUUUGAAACCAGUGAAAAAGGACGAAGUUGAAGAAAAACCAGAAAAACUCCGAUUCAGGCCAGUGAAAAUGAUAGAAAAACCCGAAGAGUUAAAACCGGAGCAAGUCAUACUAAAACCUGUCAGAAAGCUUCCUAUAAACGAAGAAUCAAAGGAAGAAGUCACUUUAAAACCAGUGGAAAAGGAUAAAGCUGAAGACAAAUCGGAGGAAAUCCGAUUCAAGCCAGUGAAAAUGAUAGAAAAACCUGAAGAAUUAAAACCGGAGAAAGUCGUAUUAAAAGCUGUCAGGAAGCUUCCUAAAGACAAAGAAUCAAAGGAAGAAGUCACUUUGAAAGCAAUGGAAAAGGAUAAAGCUGAAGACAAACCGGAGGAAAUCCGAUUAAAACCGGUGAAAAAGAUAGAGAAACCCGAAGAGUUAAAACCGGAGCAAGUCAUACUAAAACCUGUCAGAAGGCUUCCUAAAGAUGAAGAAUUAAAGGAAGAAGUCACUUUAAAACCAGUGGAAAAGGAUAAAGCUGAAGACAAACCAGAGAAAAUCCCAUUUAAGCCAGUGAAAAGGAUAGAGGAACGCGAAGAGUCAAAACCGGAGCAAGUCAUAUUAAAACCUGUCAGAAAGUUUCCUAAAGACGAAAAAACUAAGGAAGAAGUUAUUUUGAAACCAGUGGAAAAGGAUAAAGCUGAAGACAAACCGGAGGAAAUCCGAUUAAAACCGGUGAAAAAGAUAGAGAAACCCGAAGUGUUAAAACCGGAGCAAGUCGUACUAAAACCUGUCAGAAAGCUUCCUAAAGACGAAGAAUCAAAGGCAGAAGUUACUUUGAAACCAGUGGAAUGGGAUAAAACUGAAGACAAACCGGAGGAAAUCCGAUUAAAACCGGUGAAAAAGAUAGAGGAACACGAAGAGUUGAAACCUGAGCAAGUCGUACUAAAACCUGUUAGAAAGCUUUCUAAAGACGAAGAAUCACAGGCAGAAGUCACUUUGAAACCAGUGGAAAAGGAUAAAGCUGAAGACAAACCGGAGGAAGUCCGAUUCAAGCCGGUGAAAAGGAUAGAGGAACCCGAAGAGUCAAAACCGGAGCAAGUCAUACUAAAACCUGUCAGAAAGCUUCCGAAAGACGAAAAAACUAAGGAAGACAUUAUUUUGAAACCAGUGGAAAAGGAUAAAGCUGAAGACAAACCGGAGAAAGUCCGAUUCAAGCCGGUGAAAAGGAUAGAGAAACGCGAAGAGUUAAAACCGGAGCAAGUCGUAUUAAAACCUGUCAGAAAGCUUCCUAAAGACGAAGAAUCAAAGGCGGAAGUCACUUUGAAACCAGUGGAAAAGGAUAAAGCUGAAGACAAACCGGAGGAAAUCCGAUUAAAACCGGUGAAAAGGAUAGAGAAACGCGAAGAGUUAAAACCGAAGCAAGUCGUAUUAAAACCUGUCAGAAAGCUUCCUAAAGACGAAGAAUCAAAGGCGGAAGUCACUUUGAAACCAGUGGAAAAGGAUAAAACUGAAGACAAACCGGUAGAAAUCCGAUUAAAACCGGUGAAAAGGAUAGAGAAACCCGAAGAAUUAAAACCAGAGCAAGUCGUACUCAAACCUGUCAGAAAGCUUCCUAAAGGCGAAGAAUCAGUGGAAGAAGUCACUUUGAAACCAGUGGAAAAGGAUAAAACUGAAGACAAACCGGAGGAAAUCCGAUUAAAACCGGUGAAAAAGAUAGAGGAACACGAAGAGUUGAAACCUGAGCAAGUCGUACUAAAACUUGUUAGAAAGCUUUCUAAAGACGAAGAAUCACAGGCAGAAGUCACUUUGAAACCAGUGGAAAAGGAUAAAACUGAAGACAAACCGGAGGAAAUCCGAUUAAAACCGGUGAAAAAGAUAGAGGAACACGAAGAGUUGAAACCUGAGCAAGUCGUACUAAAACCUGUUAGAAAGCUUUCUAAAGACGAAGAAUCACAGGCAGAAGUCACUUUGAAACCAGUGGAAAAGGAUAAAGCUGAAGACAAACCGGAGGAAGUCCGAUUCAAGCCGGUGAAAAGGAUAGAGGAACCCGAAGAGUCAGAACCGGAGCAAGUCAUAUUAAAACCUGUCAGAAAGUUUCCUAAAGACGAAAAAACUAAGGAAGAAGUUAUUUUGAAACCAGUGGAAAAGGAUAAAGCUGAAGACAAACCGGAGGAAAUCCGAUUAAAACCGGUGAAAAGGAUAGAGAAACCCGAAGAGUCAAAACCGGAACAAGUCGUACUAAAACCUGUCAGAAAGUUUCCUAAAGACGAAAAAACUAAGGAAGAAGUUAUUUUGAAACCAGUGGAAAAGGAUAAAGCUGAAGACAAACCGGAGGAAAUCCGAUUAAAACCGGUGAAAAGGAUAGAGAAACCCGAAGAGUCAAAACCGGAACAAGUCGUACUAAAACCUGUCAGAAAGCUUCCUAAAGGCGAAGAAUCAGUGGAAGAAGUCACUUUAAAACCAGUGGAAAAGGAUAAAACUGAAGACAGACCGGAGGAAAUCCGAUUCAAGCCGGAGAAGAGGAUAAAGGAACUCGAUGAGAUGAAACCGGAGCAAGUCGUAUUAAAACCUGUCAGAAAGUUUCCUAAAGACGAAGAAUCAGUGGAAGAUAUCACUUUGAAACCAGUUAAAAAGGACAAAGUUGAAGAAAAACCAGAGGAAGUCCGUUUCAAGCCGGUGGAAAAGAUAGAGAAACCCGAAGAGUCAAAACCGGAGCAAGUCAUAUUAAAACCUGUCAGAAAGCUUCCUAAAGACGAAGAAUCAAAGGAAGAAGUUACUUUGAAACCAGUUAAAAAGGACAAAGUUGCAGAAAAACCAGAGGAAGUCCGUUUCAAGCCGGUGGAAAAGAUAGAGAAACCCGAAGAGUCAAAACCGGAGCAAGUCAUAUUAAAACCUGUCAGAAAGCUUCCUAAAGACGAAGAAUCAAAGGAAGAAGUUACUUUGAAACCAGUGGAAAAGGAUAAAGCUGAAGACAGACCGGAGGAAAUCCGAUUCAAGCCGGAGAAGAGGAUAGAGAAACCCGAAGAGUUAAAACCGGAGCAAGUCGUAUUAAAACCUGUCAGAAAGCUUCCUAAAGACGAAGAAUCAAAGGGAGAAGUCACUUUGAAACCAUUGGAAAAGGACAAAUUUGGAGAGAAACCAGAGGAGGUCGGAUUGAAGCCAGUGAGGAAGAUGGACGUAGAAUCAAAAUCAGAGAUGAUUGUGUUGGAAGCUGUUAAAAAGCUUACCACAGAAAACGUAUCAAUGGAAGGAAUUAUUUUGAAACCAAUGGAAAAAGGAGAAUCCGAAAACGUAAUGUUACAAUCACUAUCUGAAAUCCUAACCGAAAUUAUGGACGAAAAACCAUGUGUAGACAAAUAUAUGAAGUCAACAGAGGUAUCAGAAACUCCUUGGCGACGUAAACGAAUAAAGAAGGUCGUUGAUUUUAAGGAUGAAGUAACAAUAGUGCCUAUUGAUCAAGAAGAAUCUGUUAUAGAUGUUUGUGAAGAUAUAGAAACAAAGAUAAUUAUUGAAGAUACUGAAGACCUAUUUGAAAGAAAAAUAGAACUUACGCCAUUGCUUGAAGAAGAUAUGUUAACAGACGAAGUGAUUAUAGGUGAAGUUUCAUGGAAAAAGAAGAAACAAAUACUUCCAAAGACAGAAGAAGAGAAAAAAAUGGUUGUGUUAAAACCUAUUGAGAAAAUAGAAAAAUUAAAGGAUAAAAUUAAACAACCCGAAGGACAUACACUAGCUUUUACAGAAGAUAAAAGAUUACUCGAAGAGGUGUAUGAGGACGACAAAAUUUUCGAAUUAAAAUCCGUAAGUCUUACGGAACAAAUAGCAAAAGUUUCAGAAGAGAGGAAUGAAAUUAUUUCUGAAUCAGUUACGACAAAAUCUAAGGUAACAGAAAGGAUGCCCGAAAAAAUAUCUUCUGAUAUUAUUGAAGAAAAAGCUAAGAAAUUACAAAUUAAAGCAGAUAUUACACAAGUAGAAGACCGAAAGAAAAAACGCAAACAACGUAUUCAGGUUGACAUAUCAAUUACAGAUAAAGACAAAACAAUUGCUCCAAGAUUUAUUCAAAAAUUACAACCUGUUAUAGCCGAAUUGAUGAAACCUGCCAAAUUUACAUGUACUAUUAUAGGAAAUCCAUUGCCUGAAAUUUCUUGGUAUAAAAAUGAACAAGAACUCCAUGCGAGCGAAAAGUAUAUUAUGACUAUAUUUGAGACAACAAUAACCUUAGAAAUCACAAACGUCAAAGAAGAAGAUGCUGGAAUGUAUUCUUGUAGGGCAUCUAAUCCAGCUGGCGUAGCAACAUCCACUGUCAACCUUGUGAUAUUCGAGAAAGAAGAGGAAGGCAUAGCACCACAUUUCUCAACGCCGAUCAAACCGCUAAUGAUAGAAGAGCAUAAACCUGCUUUUUUAGAAUGCGUUGUAACCGGUAUGCCAAUACCUGAAGUGAAAUGGUAUCGCAAUGAAAAAGAAGUAGAACCAAAUGAAAGGACUGAGAUGACUUUCAACCCAAUUACUGGAGAAGCUACACUGAAAAUUUUAAAACCAUUGCCUGAAGAUGAAACAAUUUAUCGUGUUUGUGCUAUAAAUAAAUAUGGCCGCGCUGAAUGCCGAGCUAAUUUAAUGAUUAGUAACAUUAUUAAAGUGAGCAAACCAGUUAUUCUCAGAGCACCGCGAUUUACACGACCUUUACCUGCUCUAAUAACUGAGCGUGGAAAGUCUCUAAAACUUUCAGCUGAUUUUGACGGCAUACCAAAACCAGAAGUUAAGUGGUUCCGCAAUGGUAUUGAAAUUACACCGACUAAUAAACGUAAUAUAGAUAUAUAUGAAAGUACAACUGAAUUAAAUAUAACAGAAAUAACAAACAAGGAUAGCGGCAAGUAUGAGAUAAGAGUUCAGAAUAAAGUCGGUGAAGUGAGAAGCUCAGGUUCUGUUACUGUUAAAGAACAUAAAGACACUAUGGGCGAAGUAAAAGCACCAAUGUUUGUGAAACCCAUUCAGCCUCAACUUAUUGCAGAAGGAGAAGUUGUUAUCAUAGAAACACAAGUUGAAUCAUAUCCAGCAGCAUCUUUUCAAUGGUUCCAUGAAAGCAAGCCUCUUGAGUCGACACAGCAAGUAAGAAUCGUGACUCAAGAAAAUCGAUCAAUCUUAAUGAUAAAAGAAGUCACAUCAGAAUUUGUUGGCAAUUACACAUGUCGUGCUGAAAAUGUCGGUGGCUCGGUUACUUGUACAGCCACCGUUAAUUUGAUGGAAACAACAUGGGAAGAGACAAUUGAAUUAAUCUCACCAACAUUCGUAAAAAGACUAUCACCUGUAAAAGUUAUGGACGGUGAGAGAAUAAAUUUAACAUGUAUCGUUGAAGGAAAACCAACGCCAAGAGUAGAAUGGUAUCACAACGACAUGCCAAUUAAAGAAGGCAAAGAAAUUACAAUUAUUCAGGACAUGGAGGGUGUUUGUAGUUUAGCUAUUAGCGAAGUGUUUCCUGAAGAUGCUGGAGAAUAUACUUGUCGUGCUGUGAAUCCUGUUGGCGAGGCUGUAUGCAUGUCAACUCUCAUUGUUGAAGCGUACGAGUAUGUGCCUGAUUCUGAAAUUGCAUCUUCAAUAGUUGCGACAUCUCUUACUACAGCACAGAGUGAAUCAGAAGAAGAUCUUCUGUCUCCGAAAGAAACUCCUAUCUUCGACAUUGAUAUAGAAGAAUCUGUACCAGAGAUAAUUAAGAAGCUUCCUCAGUUAGUACCUACCAAAGAUGGGGAAUUAACUAGAUUGGAAGUAAAAGUGAAAGGCAAACCAAAACCGAAAGGAAAAUGGUAUAAAGAAGGAGUGGAAAUAUGUUCAUCACAAGAAUUUCAAAUUGAGGAAUUUGAAGAUGGUACAUCAGUAUUAACGAUCGCCGAAACUUUCCCCGAUGACACUGGUGAGAUCACAUUUGAAGCUUACAAUCCACUCGGUGUAUCAACUACAACUACGUAUUUAUCAGUAGAAGGUAUACUCGGAACAAAAGAGUACAGAAAACCAGAGUGGGUCACACAAAUGGAAGAAAUGCAAGAGACUUUAAAAGGUAAAGUCUAUCGCACAUGA